AUGGAGACCCGGAGUUCUGGAGUCCGACCCAUGUUCGCUCUGGUUCUGCUGCUGGUCUGGGUCAGUCCGCCGAGCUGCCGGGCCAGCUGGAUGUGGCUGGGCGCGACGUCCGGCCCCGGAGCGGCUGAGCUCGGCGACGCGGCGCUGAGCGGCCGGCAGCGCGCCGUGUGCCGCGCGGCGCCGCUGCUGGCGCGCGGCGUGCGCGACGGAGCGCGGCUGGCCGUGGCGGAGUGUCAGAACCGGUUCCGACUGGAGCGCUGGAACUGCUCCACGACCCGGAACCCCGCGGCGCCGUUCGGCCACGAAAUGACGAGUGAGGAAGUGAUGUCACAAUGUCUGUCCCGCAGGAACCAAGGAGACGGCGUUCACGCGGUGAUGGCGGCGGGUCUGGUCCACUCCGUCACCCGGGCCUGUAGCCAGGGCAACAUGACGGAGUGCGGCGACGCCCGGCUGCGCGGCGCCCGGCUGCGCGGCGGCGGCGGCGCGGCGGCGGCGCAGGGCUGGCAGUGGGGCGGCUGCUCCGACAACGGCUUCGGAACCUGGUUCAGCCGGAGGUUCAUGGACGUCUCGGAGAAGAACUCGUCAACGGGCCGGGACGGGUUCACGCUCAGCACCAUGAACCGGCACAACGCCGAAGCCGGACGGCAGGCCAUCCAGGUGACCAUGUCCACAGACUGUCGCUGCCACGGCAUUUCUGGCUCCUGCGCAGUGAAGACCUGCUGGAGGUCCGUGGCGCCGUUCCAGCGUGUCGGCGCCUACCUGAAGGAGCGAUACGAGCGCAGCGUCCAGGUGUCGGACCGUGCCAGGAGGAAGACCAGAAAAAAGGACCAGCGCCACCCUGUGGACAUUAAUGAACUCAUCUACCUGAACAAGUCUCCAAACUACUGCCUGGAGGACAGGCGGCGUGGCAUCGCUGGCACCAGGGGGCGCCGCUGCAACCGGACCUCCGCCGGCCCGGAUGGCUGCAACCUGCUUUGCUGCGGCAGAGGCUACAACACUCAUGUGGUGAGGAACAUCCAGCGCUGCGAGUGCAAGUUUGUCUGGUGCUGCUACGUCCACUGCAGGCGCUGCGAGAGCAUGAACGACAUGCACACCUGUAAAUAAGGCCACGCCCAGAAAGGAUCGCACACCUGGAGCGGGAAGAGAAGACAGUCCUGUGUGGAUGGAGGUUCUGAUCAGAUCAGGAUCUGAUUGGAUGAAACAGCUGCAGGUCACUGCAGGUCACAACUCGACUUGGAGCCUGGAAACACCCUGGAAACACCCUGGAAUCAGCCUGGAAACACCCUGGAAUCAGCCUGGA